CCGGGAGCGCAGGGCUGGAGCAGAAAGGCCUACCCGGCCGCCGUAGUCUCAGGGCGCUCCGCGCCGGAAGCCCGACUGCCCCGUUUCCUGGUGCACGCCUAGUCUUCGUUCCCUCGCUUUCCCUACUGUGCUUUCACGCCUGCAGCUGCCUCAGUCUUUCUAGAUUAGCCGGGCCAUCUCCGGUCUUUCCGAUUCGGCCCUGGCCUAUAUCGUAGCUCGACCCAGGGCCGCGGACUUCAUUUCCGCCACUACCUGGGUACUUCCGGAAUCUGCGGAAACGAUCCGUUGCCAUGGCGGCUAUGUACACAGUUCUGCGGCGGCGAGAUUCGGCUUGCAGUCGCUGCACCUGCAGCGGUCGGGCGGCGGGAGGACCACUGCCUCCGGGGCAGUGAACGGAUUCACGCGCCGCCCCGGUGGGGAGAAGCAGGCUGGAGAGGGGAGUGUACGCUGAGGCGGCUGGCAGCGACCGGGAUCCGAAGACCGUUCCACCCGGGAGUCCCCAGGCUUAGCUCGCUGAUCUGUGAAACCCGAGCGGAGGAGGGGUCGCGGCAUCGUGGGCGCCCUUUCGGGCUGGCUCCGGCUUAGGGUCUUCGAAUCUAACGUUCCCUGGCCCCACGAGGGUUCUGCGUCGCUGCCGAGUUUGAGAGGGCGCGAAGUGGGGGACCAGAGGUCUUCUGGACCCUUCUGUAUUCGUCAGUUUUCGAACUGGAGGGGGCUUCGGGAUCUCCAGGUCGACCCGCUCGCUUUACAGAUGAGGAAACCGUUCCAGAGAGGGACAGGAAUGGCCCCAAGACCAACUGCCACCCACACUCCACCCAGGGGUCUGUAGUGACGGAAGAUGGACCCACAGGUGGAGAUUCAGCCGUCCUCUGACUUCCAGCCAUGACCAUCACUACCAACCACCAUUUCUCGAGUUCCUGCUCUGUGCUGGGCACUGUUCUGGACAUUGAGGGGGGAUUCAAAAGAGAUUAAAGCACAGUUCUGUCCCUCAAGCAACUUGUAAUUUAAUUUGGGACCAGAAACCCACUCAAAUGAUGCGGCGUAAGAAUGGUAACAAGCAUUAUUUCACUAGAAUGGGCACUAGGAAAAAGGUUCAUGCGUUUGUCCGUGUCAAACCCACCGACGACUUUGCUCACGAAAUGAUCAAAUACGGAGAUGACAACAAAAGCAUUGAUAUUCACUUAAAAAAAGAUCUUCAGAGAGGGGUUGUCAAUAACAAGCAGACAGACUGGUCGUUCAAGCUGGAUGGAGUUCUCCACAAUGCCUCCCAGGACUUGGUUUAUGAGACAGUCGCAAAGGACUUGGUUGCUCAGGCCCUCGAUGGAUACAAUGGUACCAUCAUGUGUUAUGGGCAGACGGGAGCUGGCAAGACAUACACCAUGACAGGGGCAACUGAGAAUUACAAGCACCGGGGGAUCCUUCCUCGUGCCCUACAGCAGGUUUUUAGGAUGAUCGAAGAACGCCCCACACAUGCCAUCACUGUGCGUGUUUCCUACCUGGAAAUCUACAAUGAGAGUCUGUUUGAUCUCCUGUCUACUCUGCCCUAUGUUGGGCCAUCAGUCACACCAAUGACCAUCGUGGAAAACCCUCAAGGGGUCUUCAUUAAGGGCUUGUCGGUCCACCUUACAAAUCAAGAGGAGGAUGCCUUCAGCCUCCUUUUUGAGGGAGAGACCAACAGGAUUAUAGCCUCUCACACAAUGAACAAAAACUCAUCCAGGUCACACUGCAUUUUCACCAUCUAUGUGGAGGCCCAUUCACGGACUUUAUCAGAUGAAAAGUACGUCACUUCCAAAAUUAACCUGGUGGAUCUAGCGGGCUCAGAAAGGCUGGGGAAGUCUGGGUCUGAGGGCCGCAUGCUGAAGGAAGCCACCUACAUCAACAAGUCGCUGUCAUUCCUGGAGCAGGCCAUCAUUGCCCUCGGGGACCAGAAGCGGGACCACAUCCCCUUCCGCCAAAGCAAGCUCACCCACGCCCUGAAGGACUCGUUAGGGGGAAAUUGCAAUAUGGUCCUCCUGACGAACAUCUAUGGAGAAGCUGCCCAGUUAGAAGAGACGCUGUCUUCACUGCGGUUCGCCAGCAGGAUGAAGCUGGUCACCACAGAGCCCGCCAUCAACGAGAAGUAUGAUGCUGAGCGAAUGGUGAAGAACCUGGAGAAGGAGCUGGCGCUGCUCAAGCAGGAGCUGGCCAUCCAUGACAGCCUGGCCAACCGCACCCUUGUGAACUACGAUCCCAUGGAUGAAAUCCAGAUUGCUGAGAUCAACUCCCAGGUGCGGAGGUACCUGGAGGGGACGCUGGAUGAGAUUGACAUCAUCAACCUCAGACAGAUCCAGGAGGUGUUCAACCAGUUCCGGGUGGUGCUGAGCCAACAGGAGCAGGAAGUGGAGUCCACUUUGCGCAGGAAGUAUACCCUUAUAGACAAGAAUGACUUUGCCGCCAUCUCCGCCGUCCAGAAGGCAGGGCUUAUGGACGUUGACGGCCACCUCGUGGGUGAGCCUGAUGGACAAAGCUUCGGACUCGGGGUCACGCCUUUCUCUACCAAACCUGGGAAGAAACCCAAGUCCAAGAAGAUGUUCAAAGAACAGCUUGGCUCCUCAGGAAGAAAGGAAGGUGCCGGCAGCCCUGUGAGUGGCAAGGAUUUGGAGGUCUCCAUUUCCAAGACCCAGGCGACCCCAUUGUCCAAGGAGGGGGAUGUCAGAGACUUGCCCCUGCGGGACCGGGAGACCUCCAGCUCUGAGCCCCUUCCCUUAGACUCCCCAAAGGAGGAGUGGCGCCCACCCAGGCCCAGUACCCCACCCCCCAAACCUGUGGCCUUCGAGGACUUUAAGAACGAACGGGGCAGUGAGAUCAACCGCAUCUUCAAAGAGAACAAAUCCAUCUUGAAUGAGCGGAGGAAAAGGGCCAGUGAGACCACGCAGCGCAUCAAUGCCAUCAAGCGGGAGAUGGACCUGACCAAGGAGGCACUAAAUUUUCAGAAAUCAAUCCGGGAGAAGCAAGGCGAGUAUGAAAACAAGGGGCUGAUGAUCAUUGACGAGGAGGAAUUCCUGCUGAUCCUGAAGCUCAAAGACCUCAAGAAGCAGUACCGGGCUGAGUAUCAGGACCUGCGUGACCUCAGGGCUGAGAUCCAGUACUGCCAGCACCUGGUGGACCAGUGUCGUCACCGCCUGCUCACGGAAUUUGAUAUCUGGUACAAUGAAUCCUUCUUCAUCCCUGAGGACAUGCAAGUGUCCCUGAAGCCAGGUAGCAGCAUCCGGCCGGGUAUGCUGCCUGUCAGCAGGCUUGUAUCUCUGGGAGAAGAUGACCAGGACAAGUUCAACCAGCUGCAGCAGAGGGUGCUGCCUGAGGGCCCGGACUCCAUCUCCUUCUACAAUGCCAAAGUCAAGACAGAACAGAAGCGCAAUUACUUGAAAACCAUGAUGGGCCUCCAGCAGGCACACAGGAAAUAGGGACUUAUCGCCAGUGCCUUAAAGGACGAGAUUCCUGGGAACUCCCACCUGCUCUUGUGGCGCUGCUGACCCACCUGCCCAGAGCUCCAAAUGCUCUGCUCCGAGGCUGGGGCCCUGCGCAGAGAACUCACGAUAGCCUGCCUUCCGACGGGAACAUCCUUCACCCGACACCCUUGCUCAUCCUCACAGAAUGCUUGGGGUUUCAGUUCACUGUCUUGUAUGCAGGGACAGGAUAAAAUCACUUUCUAGUCUGGA